UGAGACCAGUCACACUUGUCUUGUUAGCUCUGUUCACCGGGGCAGUGACUCCCUACUGCAGAAGACUCUGUCUGACUCUGGACCCGAGCACUGAGCAACCACACAGUAGAGAGGAUGGGGAGACAAGAGGUUUCACUUUAAACAACUCCGUUGGAGACGCUCUCACUCACUGUAGAAUGAAUCUGGUUCUGAAAUAUGAAAGCACAAUUCAAGAGGACUGGAUGGUGCUAUUCACUGGGAAGGAGAUCUACAGAAACUCUGAACUUAUACCAGCUGUGACUCUGGGCUACAACGUCUAUGCCAUCUGUAGGAGCAAAUACCUGCUGCGAGCCAUUCUGGAGGCUUUGAAUGGAGGGGAGCAGAGAGAGCCGACAGGACUGCGGAGCUGCAGCCGCAGCAGGGUGCUGGCACUGGGGGGACACUCCUCCUCUGGACUCGGCAGCUCCUCACACUGGCUACAGAUGAUCCACAUAUGUACUUGUGCAUGUCUGAGAGACAGAGAUGUUAACCCCAGAGKCAUUCUCCUCAGAGCAGAGUCAAGUCACUGUGCCCAGAACCUAGGCCUGAUGCUGCCCCUGACAUGCUGGAGCAGAGUGGAUAUUGUCUGUGGGACAUGCAAACUGGAGGGUAAAGCUGAGGGUCAGGCUCCCUUACAUGAAGUGAAGGGGUUUGUUCUCCCAGGCCUGACUGAGUUCUUACUAAAUCUGAUACCCUCAGAUGGAUCACAGAGUACCUUUAUCUGUGACUGGAGCCUGGCUGCUCAGCAGUGGCUGUGCUCCCCUUUACCUGAGGGCCAAGCCUGGUUCAAUGUCCAUAGAGCCAUGUGUGCAUUGACUARGGCAGCUGACAUGCUCAUGAGAAAGAAAUGCAGCGACAGCCAUACUAAAGCUGACUGUCUAAAAUAUMCUGUAUUGACACCAAACCAGAUGCUAGUAARUAUAUCCCACAUAUCCUGCAGAGCAGACAUCAGUGUGUCUCUUWUGGCUGGGUGGAAGAAGGACUACUGCUAA